AUGCAGCUUCCCACAGCAUUUGAAGAUAUAGUAACAGAAAAGAGAGUAUUCACUGACUUAUUCUCUGUUAUAGAUCUGAGCAGGUACAGCAUUCAAGGUACAAUGAGUUCUUCUCGCAAACCAUCGAACCGGCCUAAGAAGCGAGUUCUGUCCGUUUGCAACGUUCAAACCGUGAAGAUCCCAUGGGCCGAUGUCGCCAGCACCAUGGGCCACAAUGUUACUGAGGGCGCUAUCGUUCAGCAUUUGGCAAAGCUUCGAAGCCGUAGGGUCGCUGCUGGCAAGCCUGUGCCGCCGCCUCUACGGCGUGGCGGCCUUGGUGUCUCGAACAAGUUGAAUGAAGUGCCAUCUUGGAGAAACUGGGAUGGGCCAGAUGUCAACCAUCAGCGGGCCCUCGCUAACCCAAAGCGCGGAAGUGAGCCGGGGCCCAGUGACUUUGCAGACGUCGACUCGUCUUCGGAUGAGGACUAUGUGGAAGGAAGUGCAUCCAAGUCACGCAAGAAAAGGGCCAAGACACCUGGCUCGCGGGCACGACGUAAGCGAAAGCCCAUUGUGAAAUUGGAAAGCGAACCCCCUGAGCUUGAGUCGGACGCAGAGGAAGUCGAUAAUCUGUUGGUUCCUGGUGCGGAGUUUCUCGAUUGCCCUACAGCUACGACUUCAUCCUAUGAGCAUCGAAUGGAAAGCCCCGGAGACGAUCAAACCAGGAAAGUAGUUGUCCUCAAGUAUUCCCGAUCCAUAAAUCAAGCUUCUACUGGUGACGUUCCAGAGCCUGGUGUGAAUACAAUUUCUAACGACGCUUUUAUCGCGUCAGGCUAUGCCUAUCAUCGCCAACCUGCGGGUACUGUCCAGUUUCCGAUCCAAGUCCAAGCCCCUGUGGCCGAUCUCCCUGGUGUUUUCUAUAUGGAUCCUGCAUCAUCAGGCACUUCAUUUAUGGAUACACAGCAUUUUGACUCAAAUCACAGCCUCGUGGCUCCCUGGCUCACUGAUACUGCUAUUGGGGAUCGUGGUGCCGGUUGUCACGGGCUUUCUAGUACCGACAUGGAGAUCGAUUUCUCGAAUCAUGAGAGUAAAGACUACGACCAAUGGGAUACUACUUUGCUUGGCUAUGACCAUGACCUCCUUGGCUAGCUUUCAUUGCUUCAGGUCACGCGCCUUGGUGCGCCAGAACUCGAAUGUCUGUUAUUGCAGCACGACUUGGUCUCUUUCCUGUUUCAAUUUUCUAGCGUUCAUUUUCAUCGUAUUUGGCGAUUGUCCCUGGUGGCCGUCUUCUUUGCCGGUGAUAUGCCUGUUGCAACUGAUUUG